GGCGGCGGGGCUGGCUAUUGCAGACGUGAGGGGCGGAGUAGUACUGCUGUGUGGUGUCUGGGGGGGUUCCUCCGCCUGUCUGCCGCUGUGUCCCCGCCCUCCGAUUUUCCUAGUCAUUGGUUGCAGUCUCUUCUCUGUCUGCUGGGCUCUUUCAUUCGCCCCUGGCCCCCGCGUCACGUCCGGUGGCGGAGAAGAAGGCCAAGGCCAGCAGUAGCUACACCCGGGGUACUCGCUAGGUAGACACAAAGAGGCUGCCGUGUGACCUGGGCCUGCUACACAGAAAAUGGAUUUUCCCGGACAUUUUGAACAAACUUUUCAACAAUUAAACUAUCAAAGACUCCAUGGACAGCUGUGUGACUGUGUAAUAGUAGUGGGUAGUCGUCAUUUCAAAGCUCAUCGUUCUGUUCUGGCUGCAUGCAGUACUCAUUUCAGAGCUCUCUUCACAGUGGCUGAGGGGGAUCAGAGCAUGAAUAUGAUCCAGCUAGACAGUGAGGUAGUGACUUCUGAAGCUUUUGCUGCUCUAAUUGAUAUGAUGUAUACAUCUACACUUAUGCUUGGAGAGAGCAAUGUUAUGGAUGUUUUACUUGCAGCAUCUCAUCUGCACUUGAAUUCUGUUGUUAAAGCAUGCAAACACUACCUCACCACAAGGACACUACCCAUGUCUCCCCCCAGUGAUAGGGCUCAAGAGCAAAGUGCUCGAAUGCAGAGAUCUUUUAUGCUUCAGCAACUGGGGUUAAGCAUAGUAAAUUCUGCCUUGAAUUCAAAUCAGAGUAAUGAUGAUCAGCCACAACAGACUUCAUCUGGGCGGAGUAGCAUGGUGGAGCAGAGGGCCACAUUUCCAAUACGACGGCUUCACAAAAGAAAGCAGUCGUCUGAAGAAAGGGCUAGGCAACGCAUGAGGAAUUCUUCCAUUGAUGAAUGUCUCAUAACUGAUGUCACCCCUGAGAACAUGCAGUCCAUGGCUAAUUCUCGUGAAGAAUACUUCUCUCCAGAUUCACUGAAAAUGGUAGACAAUUUGAAAUCUGACUCUGCUCCAGACAACCAGGAGGUUAGCUCUAUCCUAUUCGAUCAGUCAUUUAGUACCCAAGAGGAUACACAAGUACCAAGCCAAUCUGACAACAGCGGGGAAAACAUGUCACGUGCCUCAAUGGCCUCUCGGACCACUCCAGCUGAAACUACUUUUGGACAAGAAAUGGUUUGUGAAAAAAGUCUUUUUUCCACAGAAAACCAUGAGAUCACUGAGAGCGAGAAGAAUCAUUUAAGAGUUAUUGUUAAAUCUGAGCCACUGAGCUCCCCUGAACCCCAGGAUGAGGUUAGUGAUGUCACUUCCCAAGCAGAGGGGAGUGAACCUGUUGAAGGUGUUGCAAGUGCAGAAAAAAUCGAAUUAAGCCCAGAAAGCAGCGAUCGAAGUUUUUCUGAUCCUCAGUCAAGUACUGACAGAGUAGGGGAUAUUCAUAUGUUAGAUAUGACAGCCAAUUUAGAGCACAAGUCUUCUUUCAGCAUUUCUAAUUUUCUGAACAAGAAUAGAAGUAGCAAUCUGAGUUUAAGCCAAAACAGUGACGACAACAUUCCAAACACUACUAGUGACUGCAGAAUGGAUGGAGAGAUGUCUUACCUUGUCAGCCCAGAGGCCAAUUCCAGUUCUCAUUCAUCUGCUACAAUGUCCCAUAUUGAUAACCCCUUCAAUGAUGGGCCAGAUUCUCAUUUUGCUCGUCCAAUGCAAGAUGUAAUGUCUUCUGGAUACAGAGGGACAGAUCCAUUUGGGAUGGACUACCCAAGGUCUGGUUUAGGGCUUCACUCUAUGUCUAGAUCUAUUAUGGGCAAUGGAAGGGGUAGUAGAGCUUGCAACUUUCCAAAUUAUCGCCGUAUUGCUCCAAAGAUGCCAAUUGUAACUUCUGUAAGGGGCAAUCAGCUGCAGGAUAGUAACUCAAAUUCUCAACUUAUGAUGAAUGGGGCAAGUUCUUCCUAUGAAAAUGGGCAUACAUCGCAGCAGGGGCCACCACAAUUGACCAGGGCUUCUGCUGACGUUCUUUCAAAAUGCAAGAAAGCGCUCUCUGAGCAUAAUGUGUUGGUGGUUGAAGGUGCUCGCAAAUAUGCCUGCAAAAUUUGUUGUAAAACUUUUCUGACUUUAACAGACUGUAAGAAGCACAUCCGUGUACACACUGGUGAAAAACCUUAUGCCUGUUUGAAAUGUGGUAAAAGGUUUAGCCAGUCAAGUCACUUAUAUAAGCAUUCCAAAACUACUUGCCUUAGGUGGCAAAACAGCAAUCUAAAUACAACCAUCAUUUAAAAUACCUUUAGCCUCACCUUUACAAAGAAAUGAAACUAAAAAUAUGUUCAUGUUUGUGCGGAAGCAGCAAGUCGUCUUUGAGGCAUUGGAAGACUGACACAUUGUGAAUAAGUAAUCCAUGAUACAAAUGGAGUAAAAAAAAGUGGUCUUUGUAAAAACAUAAACUGACUUUUACCUCUUUCUACUUGAGGUACAAGCAAAUACUUACUUUGUUUAUGUAUGUUAAUGUAAAAAAAAAAAAAAAAAAAAGUUAACUAUGGAAACUAACAUACUUUUAACUAAGUUUGUGUACGCCUUGAAACAUUUUAGUGGGAAUUUUUUUUUUCUCCCUCACCCAUUUCUGGAAAUACUGUAAUUGUCUCCCUAAAUUAUUAAGAAGAAAUUACAUUUUACAGUUAAAGAAAAUAUUUAAUUCUUACCAAUAAAAGGAUCUCUAUGGCCA